AUGUCCAACCUUGAGCCCUACAUCCAAGAGGCGGCCGCUCUCGCCCCCUCCCUAUCCUCCACACUCGAGAAGCAGCUCGACCCGACCGGCGAGGACUACGCAAACCCCCUCGAGGAGAGCUCCCGAUGGGUUCUCUCCGCCCGCGCAUACGGCAUCCGCUCUGCCGCCUCUCUCGCCUUCAGCAUAGCCAAUAGGCAAACCCCCGUCGCCCCCUCGCCCACCAAGAUCAUAUGGCUCGACUCCACGCUAUCACCCGAGUGGAAGGGCAAGCAGAAGCUGAGAGUGGAGGUCUGGAUACCUAGGAAGAAGAUCGGGCUGAAGAGGACGGCCAUCAUCAAUUUCCACGGCGGGGGCUUCGUCCUGGGCAACGGCACGGACGAUGCGAGGUGGGCAGACUCGGCGAUGAAGGACCUCGACGCUGUCGUCUUCUCCGUCAACUACCGCCUAGCACCCAGCUACCCCUUCCCAACGCCUGUCGAGGAUUGUGCCGACGCCAUUCUACAAAUCUCCAAGCGGGCAGACGAGUUCGGCAUCGACAGGGAUCGAAUCAUCCUCACCGGCUUCUCAGCAGGCGGCUCGCUGGCCCCGGCCAGCUGGGCUCUACUACAAGAUCCCAAGAGGUGGAACUACAAGCUGUCGUCACCCGUUCCAAACAUCGCCGGCAUGGCCCUCUUCUACCCGCUUCUCGACUGGUCCAUCAGCCGGCCCAAGAAGCGCCAGUGCAGCGUCAAGCCCGAGCUCACGCUCCCCAAGAACCUGACCGACCUCUUCGACGCCUCCUACGUGUACCCGCCGAUCCCGCGCGAGAAGCGAGACGAUCCCCGCCUGUCGCCCGGCCUCAUGCCCGAUGAGAUGCUGGAGCGCUUCCCGCCGCUGCAUCUGUGCCUCUGCGAGCACGACAUGCUGCUAGCAGAGGGCCACACGUUUGCCGAGCGCCUAAGGGGCAAGGACAAGCCGGUUGAGGUCCGGGUCGUGAAGGAGGCCAAGCAUGCCUUCGACAAGCCUUUGCCCAUGGCACCGAUCAAGGAGGUGCAAAUCGAAUACGACUCUGCCGUCCAGUCCAUCAAAGGAUGGCUUCGGAAGUAA